AAGUGAUGUUCUUGUACUCUAACAACUCCAACCUGUACUCUUUGAGAGGAUGACAUCCAGCAAAGACGCUCUCGGAAAUAAAAUGUGUCUAGAGUUCUACAUCGUCCUCGGAGUGCUGUUCUUCGUCCUGCUGCUGUUCAUUGUGCUGGGCGCCGUGUUUCUGAGAAAGUACCGCGCCUUGGUUGGGACUGUCCACAGGCUGCGGGGGAGCAAGUUUGUUCCUCAUCAUUUCCCUCAGUUGGAGGUCCCAGUUGUGACACCCCCAGUCCCAUCCGUGGAGGAUGAGGAGCACCUUCCUCCACAAACUCCUGUGCAGACCACCAGCACGACCAGAUUAUCUUCCAAGAGGCUUUGGAAAGGCCUGCAGCAGGAACCUCGGUUCACCAAGUCCGACCUAAACCUGCUGCAGCUGAUCAAAGCGGGGAAGGAGGGAGUUUUCUACCAGGCCAGAAUGAGCAGAGGGACGUGUAACGGCCACAGCAUGUUCACCUGCAAGAUCAGCAAGGAAGGUGUGCGACCCAAACAUGUGGACAUGGAGAUUUGCAUCAUGAGGAAACUGAUUCACCACAGAAACAUCCUCCAGUUACUGGACUGGAACACGAGUGAACAGCCUUACAUCCUGAUCAUGGAGUAUGUCAGCUAUGGCACGCUGAGGACCUUUCUCCAGACCAACAGGGUCCAUCUCCUUGGAAACCCAGAGCUCCAGAGCCUCCUUACCAUUGCUUCCUACCACAUCGCUCUGGCAAUGCAGCACCUGCGCUCCAAAAUGAUCGUUCACUGUGACUUGGCCCUGAGGAACAUCAUGGUCAAUAAGUUUCCCUGGGAAGUGAAAUUAGCUGAAUUUAGUCUGGCCCGAGACAUGACCCGCAUGGUGAGCCGCCGCAGCAGCCGCUGGAGGAACCCACGAACUCGCGUGCCACUGCGCUGGUACCCGCCUGAAUACUUCAAGAACAACUACUACAGCUUCAAAGGAGAUGUGUGGGCGUUUGGCAUUGUGCUGUGGGAGAUGCAGACAUUUGGCACAUUACCAUACCCAAACCUGGAGACAUCAGAGGAAGUGGUGUUCCACAUCUGCAUGGGUCAUAAGAACACAAACCCCGAAGGAUGCCGACCAGAAAUGCUUCACAUCAUGCGUGACUGCUGGCAGGAGCCUUAUACCCAGAGACCCUCAUUCAAGGACCUCGUAUGCAUGCUGGAGAACAUCGUGGAGAAUGAUGCAGAUUACGUAGAUGUGGAGAGUCCCCAGAAUUUGGUGAAAGAUCGAGCAGAAUAUCAUGAUUCCAAAAGUCUACGAGCGAGUGUCGCCUUGAAAGAAGAACAUGAAGUUUAAAUUACAGUACAUUUAUUAAACCUGUAUUAUCAUUUGACUCAAGAACUAUUGGCUUAUUAUGUACGUAAGACUCUGAAGUGCUGCAAAGUAAUCAGAUCAGGAUCCUAUCAUACAAUGUAGUUUGGUGGUUCUAUAAGUUUCUAUUUUCUUUCAUUUUAAAUCUUGUAUUAUAUAUGUCGUUAUUUUAUUAAAGCAAGCUUUUAAAGUACCUGUUUUUGCUGGACUUCUGCAGCACAAACGUGUAUGUCUGUUUUUAAGGGCAGUUUUCCAUUUUGUUGAACAUAAAGCUAAAAUGAAAAGAUAGAAAUGUUAUUCCUGAACAUUAGAAUACAAACACACAUACACACACACACACACACACACACACACACACUAGCCUGUGAAAAAGGCUGAAAACACCUUUCAGACAGUGCUGGAGAAAAUAAAAUGCGCUUUUUGCACUGCCGUUAACAAGGAGCACCUGAAGUCAUAGACAUUAUACAUAGAAGCCUCAUUACGUGCUACAGCGCAUCCUGCGUCGCCGCCA